AUAUUUGCAAGUUCCCUGCCUUGACAGUAGUCAUCAUGGAUAGUGUGUUCUUAACAGAGGACAAAGCCAAUUCUGUGUUAAAAAGAUACCCGAGAGCUAACACAUUUCUGGAAGAAUUAAAGCAAGGUGACAUAGAACAUGAAUGCAGAGAAGAAAUAUGUAACUAUGAAGAAGCAAGAGAAGCUUUUGAAAAUGAGGAAAAAACGAAGGAGUUCUGGAAAGUCUACAAAAAUGGACUUCAGGGAGAAAGUAACACAGGACAUAACUGGUAUUCAUUUUACCUUGCAUUUCCAUUAAUCAUUGGCCUUUUUGUUAUCCUCAUUGUCAUUUUUGUCAUAUGGAGAUGCCUGUUUAAAAAGAAAAUGCGUAGACAGUCGGUGUACGCGCAUAGGGGAGCCCACGAAGCAAUGGGUGAUGGUGCUGUGGCUGAUGGCAGAGGUCCCCUUCCGCUGCCUCUCAGCAUUGUUCAUUCCCCACAGGAGGAAAUGUAUGAAGUCAGUGGGCUCUCUCCAGGAGGUCUAAGCUAUAUGGAUGGACGAUCAGACUCAAUAUCCACCAGGCUCUCCAAUGGUGAUCCUCCUCCUUCCUAUGAGGAAGCCACUGGAGAAAUCAGUUUGAGAAGAAGUGAAACUGAACAGCAUUUAGAUCCACCCCCCCAAUACGAAGACAUUAUGAAUUCCAGUUCAGCCAGUGCAAUUGCACUAUCUCCUGUUGUCACCAGUACUAAGUAAAGCAAGAAGAAUGCUAUGGACUUCUUAAA